UUGAGAGAAUUUGAUACACCAAAUUUCAAAAAUUCCACAUUUAGACUUGAUAGACCGUCCUCAUACCUUCUCAACAAAGCCAGAAGAGAUGAGAUAAAUGGGUACUCAAACCUAAAGAAGUCAAUGUCUUCCUCGACAGUUUAUAUUGGGAAGCUUUCAUUUGAUACAACUGAAGAACAAUUGUUUGAGCUAUUUAGCAAUUGUGGCACGAUUGUGAGAAUCAUCAUGGGUCUUGAUAAACAUAAGCUAACUCCUACAGGUUUCUGUUUUAUCAUAUUCAGCACACCAAGUGGAGCGUUAAAUUCAAUCAAAUACCUCAAUAAAACGAAGGUUAAUGGGCGUUCGAUGGAGAUAGAUUUAGAUCCAGGAUUUGAAGAAGGUCGGCAGUUCGGAAGAGGUGCUGACGGUGGACAA